UCCUCGUUGUCGCAAUAAAUGAGUCUAAGAGAGUGAGUGCAUGUGCUUUUUAGAGAGAGAAAGUGAGGUUGUAGAGAGAGAAUAUUCGGAGACUGAGCUUGAAAAUUUUAGAGGAAGAGAAAAUCUAAAGAAUACACAGGUAGAUAGAGAGAGAUUCUUGAGAGAGAGAGAUAGGAAAAUGGAGGAUAUAGAGGAAGAGGAGAAGGGAGAAGAAGAGGUAUUGGGAUCGAGCUUGACGAUGGAGAAAGUAGCGGCAGCGAAGCAGUUCAUAGAGAAUCAUUACAGAGCUCAGAUGAAGAAUAUUCAAGAGCGAAAAGAGAGACGCUGGGUGUUAGAAAGGAAGCUAGCUUCUUCUGAUGUGCCCAAGGAGGAACAGAUCAAUCUGAUUAAAGACUUGGAAAGGAAGGAGACGGAAUUUAUGCGACUCAAAAGGCAUAAGAUUUGUGUUGAUGAUUUUGAGCUCUUGACCAUCAUUGGUAGAGGAGCCUUUGGGGAGGUUCGCCUCUGCCGGGAGAAGAAAUCUGGCAAUAUCUAUGCCAUGAAAAAGUUAAAGAAAUCAGAAAUGCUGAUGAGAGGACAGGUGGAACACGUGAGAGCUGAAAGGAACUUGCUGGCUGAAGUUGCAAGCCACUGCAUUGUCAAACUUUAUUACUCGUUUCAGGAUGCUGAAUAUUUAUAUCUGAUUAUGGAAUAUCUGCCAGGUGGUGAUAUGAUGACUCUGCUGAUGCGGGAGGACACAUUAACUGAAAAUGUGGCUAGGUUUUACAUUGCUCAGAGUGUUCUCGCAAUUGAGUCAAUUCACAAACAUAAUUACAUUCACAGGGAUAUAAAGCCUGACAACCUUCUUCUCGAUAAAAAUGGUCAUAUGAAGCUAUCUGAUUUUGGCCUUUGUAAGCCUCUUGAUUGUACAGCUUUAUCUGUGAUUCCUGAAAAUAAGACAGUUGAUGGUGAAAAUAUGACUGAGCCAAUGGAUAUUGAUGGAAGUUUCCCUGAUGCGGACAAUAAAAGUAAUUGGAAGAGCCCCCUUGAACAGCUUCAGCACUGGCAAAUGAACAGGAGGAAGUUGGCAUUUUCUACUGUGGGAACACCAGAUUACAUUGCUCCUGAAGUAUUACUGAAGAAAGGAUAUGGCAUGGAAUGUGACUGGUGGUCACUCGGAGCGAUAAUGUAUGAAAUGCUAGUUGGAUACCCUCCUUUCUACUCGGAUGAUCCCAUAACAACAUGCAGAAAGAUUGUUCACUGGAGAAAUCACCUUAGAUUCCCAGAAGAUGCAAGGCUUUCGCCUGAGGCAAAGGAUCUUAUUUGUAGGUUACUGUGUGAUGUUGAUCAUAGGCUAGGUACUGGAGGGGCACACCAAAUUAAAGCUCAUCCUUGGUUCAAGGACAUUGUAUGGGAUAAACUAUAUGAAAUGGAGGCAGCAUUUAAACCAGAAAUCAAUGGAGAGCUGGACACCCAGAACUUUAUGAAAUUUGAUGAAUUGGAUCCUCCACGAGCAAGAACUGGCUCAGGACCCUCAAGGAAGCAUCUGCACUAGCAAGGCAGAUUGAUUCAGAUCGGGGAACAUUUGAAUUUACACAUAAAUAGGUGUUCCAGUGUAAAGUUUUACUAAUUAGCUAGGUAAAACAGUGCAAAUGUCUAGGUAUUGGACAUUCAUGGUGUUGAAGUUUGAAGUUUUUUCGUGCAAGGCAGAAAGAAAUAAAAAGAUACAGCAAGUAAAGAGGGAAUGGCACAAUGUAAUCUUUCAGUAGUUUGGUUAAAAAAAGGGAAAAAGAAUAUCAUGAAACUAAAUGCUUAAUGUAGAAUUUGUUUCCAUGGCCUUUGAUGUCAUUAUACUUUGUCUUUUCUUGCUUUUUCCCUUAUUUCUCAUUUCUUUCUUUGAAUUCUUUUUGUUUCCCUCCUUUUUGUUAUUCAUUAGACUGCCUACUGUCCUAUUUUUAGAGAGUAAUGUUACAGCAACUCAGCUUUUCUGCUAAUAGAACAUAUAAGCGCUUCCAUUAUGGACUACUAUUUCUCUUAUAAUUUCUGC